AUGGACGAUGAAUGGCUCGUUAGGUAUUUUCACAAAGCGCCGAGGCGGUCAGCGCUGCCACAGACAUUAACCGCUUCGCUGACAGCGGCGGGAGGAUACAGAGGGGGCACUCGCAAAGGCCUCGACCUCACGUUUGGCAUGCCAAGUACUGUUACGUCCCCUUAUUUUGCGUCCUUAGGUUCAUCCGCUUCGUCGCGUGCGGAAACAAGCACGGUGGGCGGGAUCCUCUUGCGCACCAUUCGCUGCGUGGCCGAUGGCCGAGUAAUCUCCGGCCCUUCGCUCCUUGUGGACGAAAUUCUUCGUACGAGUGACGCGCCGUCCAUCGCCUCACUAGUGAAACAAAAGUGGAAUGAUGACAUAUCAGCGUUCCCUGCGACGUCGAGUUAUCGUGAAGUUAACCUUUGGCUCAAGCGUCGUUCACCCUCGGGACCGGAGCCCAAGCCGCCGAUACACACUUCACCUCGCAUAGGUCUUGAUCUAUCCAACCCUGAAACGACCGACUCCUUCUCUCACCCUCGUGUAAUUUACGUGGCGCGUCCAUAUCGCUUUUUCACCAACCCCCACCUGCUUACCGCCAACGGCCGGUGGCAAACACUAUACGGUCUAUACAAGGAGUUGCUACUAUCGCCCAAGCAUGCCGAAGACGAAAGGGCGAUGAUCCAGAAACUCGCCAAGCUAACGGGUCUCAAACUGCCCACCGUAGAGAGGUUUCUUGACGACUACAAGCAAGGCUACGAGAGCGGGAAGCUUAAGUCGUUUAUCGGCUCUAUGGGAAAGGGAGCUUCCGCUUCGUCUUCGAAUUAUCUGCGUAUGAUGGGCACACUAGACAAAGCACAGAACGUAUAA